AGGACUGUGGAACGCUCAGCGCCAGCUGGCCUUGGAAGAGCAGCAUGAAAGGGAAAGUUCGGGUGAUGAAGAAACUUUGGCCCUUCUCAAACGCCAAGGCUUGUUGCAGCAGCCCGAGCAGGCUCCCUUCACAUCACGGAUGGGGCUCCUGCUGGUCUUCCCCCUCAUUCAGUCCCAGAGUAGAACAGACCCCUCUCUCUGUAACAUAACUGCUGAGGUGCUAUUGAACUGCCUUCGUGACUGCCAGCCUUUGAGCUUGACCAAGGAGCCUGCUGACUGUCUCAAUGGGAUUGAAACUUUGCUGUGCUCGUGGCUAGAGGAGACUUCUGACACAGGCCGACACAUCCCACAUAAGCAAAAAGAAAAUGCUGCUGCUGCCCUGGUGGCUUUGGCAUGUGCCAGAGGAUCACUGAAAACUUUUGUCCAUACAGUUCACCUACUACAGAAACAGACCGAUCUGGGGUCCCUGCCUGUAGCCGAUGUACUGUAUAGGCUGUUGCUUUUGGAAGGGGGGCCUGGGUCCCCAUCCUGUUUGCUUGGUGGCAAACACAUAGUAUCAUGGGGCUAUGAGGACAUGUUGCCUGCACCAGAUAGCAACACUGGCUCCAGUUCUGAAAAUAAAGAUGCGGAUUUGGGACGCUGUCUCACGGCGGACGGUCUGUACCUGUAUACUACAAAUUCGGUUGGACGAGGAGUGAGCAAACUGGGGUCUGGAUUACACGGUACUCUCAGGGGUUUUGUGUACUGCCGGAACGAGGACCUGGAACCAGGCUGGGUCGCUUUCGGCAGCGGCUGUCUUCUCCACCGGCCUGUGUCUUUUGAUAAUAAACCUCACUCCCUCUUCCAGGUCGUCGAACAGAAUACCCUUCAGGUAUGCCAGGUGGUGCCAAUGCCAGCCAAUCACCUGCCUGUUGGCAGCACUAUGAGCACCGUGCACCUUUCUUCAGAUGGUACUUACUUCUAUUGGAUCUGGUCUCCUGCCAGUCUGAAUGAGAAAACACCUAAGGGACAUUCUGUCUUCAUGGACAUUUUUGAACUUGUGGUCGAAAAUGGUGUAUACAUAGCCAGUCCACUUCAGGAACGCACAAUUCUGAUGAGAAAAGAGGGCGAGUCGGCGAAAAGCAUUAACGAGAUGCUUCUGAGCAGACUUUCCCGCUACAGAGCUUCCCCGUCUGCAACGCUGGCCGCCCUGACUGGCUCCACCAUCUCCAACACACUGAAGGAGGACCAAGCAGCAAAUACUAGCUGUGGGCUACCUCUGAAAAUGCUUCGGAAGACACCCAUAUACACCUGUGGCACAUACUUGGUGAUGCUGGUCCCACCUCCAGGGGGAUCAGGCAGUUCAGCCACCCGCUCUCUUUUUGGUGGAACAAGUGGUUUGUCAUCUUUAAAAAUCCUAGCCUCUAGCUUGGUGUAUAAUAUUUCGGAUGGACAGUUCACGAGCCGUGCUGACCUCAUAGAUGCUGCUGGAAGCUCACUGGGGCGUGGCGCUCUUGUACCAGGAUUGGGUGCCUGUUAUGACACAGUGAACAAUAUGCUGUGGACCUGCUCGAAUGACUAUAUCGAUCAGUGGUGCAAUCCCGGGAACCAGGCCUUCCAUUACGUCUGUCAGAGACUUGGAGUCAGCCACGUCAUCACUGAGCCCAAAGAAGAGGCUAUAACCACGAAUGAGGUUAUAAACCAAUUAUUGCACCACGUUGGUGCGAUGUGCAUACACCAACUCAAUCUUCUUGCUACCAACCCAAACCUUCCAAUCACAAGUGUCUUGGGCAAGCAGCAUCCGAUCGAAGCACACCAUCUUAGCAGUAUUUGUGACAUUAUGGAGAAGGCCAUGGUUAACGGAGAUACCUGUAUUAUACGCUGCAUUCUUGUCGUUUUUCAGGUGGUGUUUAAAUUUUUCUUCAGCCCACAAACUGAAAGGAAUCGAGACAUCAUUCGACGGUCAGGAUUGCUUCUUUGGCAGUUGUUGAUGGCACCAAAAGAUCAAAUUUGCCCUGAAAUUCAGAAGGAAGUCUGCCUUGCCAUCAGCUCUGGUUUGAAUAUCUUGUACCCAGGUGAAACUGAAAUCAAUAACUUACUUAAGCUCGUCUUAACAGAAGGAGAGAGAAACAGUGGCCUCUCCCAGCUGCGAGAUGUGAUCCUAACCAAUUUAGCUGAACAGCUUCAAAACAACCGAUUUGGCAGCGAAGACGAUGAUCAUUACAGACUAAAUGAUGAACUUCUACACUACAUUCUGAAGAUUGUGGUACGAGAAUCCUGUAUCUUAAUCACCAAGUGCCAAACUGUCUCUAAAGAUGAUUUUCAAAAACUCCUUUCAACUGUGCCUGCUGCAUCCUCCUGCCUGCGCUAUCUGAUGGCAGUUCAGAACCACCUUCUCAGUAACACUAUUUUGAUUAAACCUGAUGAGAAUGAUGACAGUGACAACUCCUUGCAGGGAGAGACAUUGAAGGUACAGGAGCUAAAGGUCAGUAUUUUGGCUCUCGCCACCCAGAUCCUGACUGGAUGUGAUGAAGUGUUGGAAAUGCUACAGCAGGUCACAACUGCCCUCAUAAAUAGUGACAUAGCUGACCGUGAGCAGAGGCUAAAAGGCUUGGAACAAGUCACUAAGGCUACUAUGCUGGGUCACCUCCUUCCAGUGUUACUGACCUCCCUGAUGCAUCCAAAUUUACAGACUCUGACCAUGGCCGAUGCCCUGAUGCCUCAGCUAGUGCAGCUGGUCCUCUACACCAGUCAGACGGCUUUGCUGCUUAAAACCCAGUGUCCAGUUUUUGCCGAGGUGGGCUGUUCCCCAUGUGGAGCAUCAGACCAGAAGGGCAGGCUGUUCCCCGAUGAGAGGAUGCUGGAAGAGAAAGAAGAACCAGGCUUUCUCACAGGUUUAAAGAUUCCUGCUCCAUGGGCUGCUGGCAAGACUGUGGAAACAGUCCACCCUGUCAGAGACAACUAUAAAUUUAAAGAAACCGUCCAUAUUCCAGGAGCUCGCUGCCUGUAUCUUAGAUUUGAUAGCAGAUGCUCUUCACAAUAUGACUAUGACAAAUUGGUGAUAUACGCGGGGCCUAACACAAACAGUAGGAAGGUUGCUGAGUAUGGAGGCAACACACUGGGAUAUGGCAGCCGUAGUGUCUUAGGAACUGGUUGGCCGAAAGACUUGGUGAAGGUGGAAGGAGAUACAGUCACCUUCUCCUUUGAAAUGAGAAGUGGCCGUGAACACAACACUCCUGAUAAAGCUAUGUGGGGCUUUGCUUGCACAGUUCGCGCUCAGGAGUCUUCGGAGGAUGUGUCGGGAGGCUUGCCCUUCCUGGUAGACCUGGCCUUGGGUCUGUCUGUGUUAGCUUGCUCCAUGUUAAGAAUCCUGUACAAUGGGCCGGAAAUUACCAAAGAAGAAGAAGCCUGUCAGGAGCUAUUGCGGUCCAAACUUUUACAAAGGUGCCAGUGGCAGGUGGAGGCCAAUGGCGUGAUCUCCCCAGCCCUGACUCCAAGCCCGUCUCCACUGCCUCUGACUAUCGAGGAAGACAGAGAAUUCACCUACCCCUCCGAUGUCCUCGUGCCUCCAGUUGGAAACUACUUUGACCUGCCCCGGAUCAGGCUGCCUCCGGGAAUCAUGAUAAAGCUCAGAGAAAUCUCCGGGCGUGCUAGACCCCAGUUUAGGCCGAGUAUAAAAGAUGUAAUUCAGCCAGAUGUGAUGGAAGAAAUGGUGGUAUCAUGCGUUAUUAAGCACUUGAACUUGGUUGAUGCACUGCAGUCCCUAAUAAAUUUCCAGUAUCAAGAAGAACAUGCUGAGGAAUAUGAUUUGUUGUGUAAAAUUAUGGGAGAGACCUUUAAGAAACUCAAUGCCAUGGAGAGACAGCUGCAGAGUGUUGCAGAAUUGGAACAAAAAUGGCAAAGUGAGGUCGAUGAUGCCAUGCAGGGGAAACUGGAGAACAACAUGCCUUUCUUCUAUGAUUACCAUUUUAAUGAGAACAAAAUGAAAGAACUAGAACUUCUGUGUUCAAUGAAGGAAGUCUCCUUUGAUGGAAACGACCUUGAAAACAUGGUCCUAUCACUGAGGGAGAAGUUCCUACAAGAAGUGAAUUCUCUUAUUCAGAAACCCUUGCACCCACUGGCUAAAACGAAGACAUUAGUGAAGAGCUUAAUGAACCGAGCGGAGCUCUUGCUGCACGUGACCAUUGCAGCCCAGUCCGGCCUCACCAGGAGCAUCUCGGGGACCCCUGCAGAAACACCGGCUUGUAAGUCAGCGUCUGAAACAAAGGUGAUCUCUCAUGCUGUGAGACAGCCUGUUUUCCUUCGCAGCAUGUCGGCUCCUUCUGACCUGGAAAUGAUUGGUGAUGAAGAUUUGGAAUUUACUAGAGCAAAUCAGAGGCGGCGCCAUGUGACCAGCCACCGCAGCAGCUCCUUUACGCUCCUGCAGUCGUUGGCCAUCGAGGACAGCAGGGACAAGCCCACCUACAGCGUCCUGCUGGGGCAGCUGUUUGCUUUCAUCGGCACCAACCCUGACCAAGCUGUGUCCAGCAGCAGCUUCCUUUUGGCUGCACAGACGAGGUGGCGGCGGGGAAACACUCGCAAGCAGGCCCUGGUGCACAUGCGCGAACUGCUGACGGCAGCCGUGCGAGUCGGCGGAGUGACGCAUCUUGUGGGUCCGGUGACGAUGGUCCUUCAGGGAGGACCCAGAAUUGAAGAACUAACCUGUGGCGGGAUGGUCGAGCAGGUCCAGGAAGCCUUUGGCGAGACCAUGACCUCUGUCGUGUCCUUGUGUGCGCGUUACCCUAUUGCAUGUGCAAAUAGCAUCGGGCUCCUGUGCACCAUUCCUUACACCAGGAGCGAAGAGAAGUGCCUCGUACGGAGUGGUCUUGUCCAGCUCAUGGAUCGACUGUGUAGCCUGAGCAGUCAGACUGAGUCCAGCUCCAGUGAGAAACAAACCAAGAAGCAGAAGGUGGCCACCAUGGCCUGGGCAGCCUUCCAGGUGCUCGCCAACCGCUGCGUCGAAUGGGAAAAAGAAGAAGGUGGCUCCACCGAGGCUGUGCACUCAGGUCUGGCCCGUCAGGUGUCCAGCCUUCUCACUAACCAUCUGGCCCGAGCCACCGAGUGCUGUGGCAACCAGGCUGCUGGCAAUGAUGCUCUCCAGGACGUCCUGAGUCUCCUCAAUGACCUCUCGAGGAGUCACAUCGGGAAAGCCAUCCUGAGCCAGCCAGCUUGUGUGUCCAAACUCCUCUCCCUGCUGCUUGACCAACGGCCGUCGCCGAAGCUGGUCCUCAUCAUUCUCCAGCUGUGCCGGGCGGCACUCCCGCUGAUGAGCGUAGAGGACUGUGGGAACGUGGAGCUCCCACCGUGGAGCUAUUCCGUCCCCUCCCUCAACAGCGAGCAGGAAGACCCCAGCGACCCAGCAUCCAAGAUCGCCUCACUGCUCUUAGCAAAGCUGGCAGAUUACGUGGUCCCAGGAUGUCAGACAGUUCUUUCUCCAACCGCUUCCGAACCUGACACCACGUUGACAAAAACCAGUCCCAAGAAUUCCUUAAAAGGAGAUAAGGAUCCCGGAGAAGAGAGUGAAGCAGUAGAUGGCAAGCUCUCUAUCUUUAUCCACAAGCGAGAAGAUCAGUCAUCCCAUGAAGUUCUCCAGCCGUUACUAAGUAGCUCAGAAGGACGACCCUUCCGACUCGGUACUGGUGCCAACAUGGAGAAGGUCGUGAAAAUGGAUCGAGACAUGACCAAGGGUGGCUGCUGCGAAGUGAUCACGGAGGAGGCUGCAGCCGCUCUUCGAAAAGCAACCAAGUGGGCACAGUCGGGCCUCAUCGUCAGCGUCGGGCCACCUGUAGAAUCAGUCAACCCGGAGACUGUGAGUGGACUGUCCACAGGUGACAAAAAGAAAACCGCCCAAACCUCCAUUUGCAGAGAGAGGAACUCUGAACUCGCGAGGACUGACCCCGUCAGACCCUUCAUCAGUGGGCAUGUGGCAAACAGCAUGGCCGCGGAGGUGAUCGCCUUGCUUCAUAGCUUAUUAAUGGCACCCGAAUCAAAUGCUGCUCAGAUAUGGACCACAACAGCAGAAAAGGUUCUGUCUCGUGCGCUGAUGUAUAUUCCACAAUUGGGAAAAUAUGCAGAAAGCAUUCUGGAAAAUGGAAGCAGUAGUGGCAGAAAACUCGCCAAACUUCAGAGAAUCGCCCGCCAGGCCGUCGCCGCACUGUGUGCACUUGGAGGCUUCAAAGAGACAAUCAAGAUCGGGUCCGAGGUUCAGGUUUUAGGUAGAGGAAUAUCAGGAAGCAUCGGAGUAGUCGCUUCUAUCAAUGAACAGGAAGGUAUAGCUACAGUCAGAUUCCCACCUAUAGACUGUAGAAAGACUUCGCAAGCAUCAGACACAUUGACUAUUCCAUUGUCUAGACUUUGUGUUCCAAGAUCAGAGGCAUUGCCUCUUCAUAAACUGUCCAUAACUGAGAAGGUAGUGCAGGCAGUCCAGUCCAUGUUGCUUCCUCAGGAGGGAAGUCUCUCUAUUCACACCUCACUUCCUGCAACAGGAGAUGGGUCAGCUCCUGUGAUGGCAGUCGUUCGGCUCCUGGCUGAAAUCAGAACAAGAGCAUGCCUGGUCAUGGCCCAGCUUUUGGAAGACAGCUCAUUUUGUGAAGAAUUCAUACAACAGUGUCCAGCAGCUGUGGAGGUUCUUAACCUGGUAGCCCAAGAAUGCAGUGCCGGAGAGCGACUGGCAGUCGUGGAGGUGCAGUGUGAACGGCUGAGGAUGCUCUACCGGGACUGCGCUCGGCCCCCGCCGCCGCCACUGCAGGCCGACCGGAGACAGCCCAAAGAGAUAACUUGGAGCCCCUCCAGAGUGUUCCCACCCGUCCGAGCCUGCAUGUUCUCGUCACACCUUACUUCCGUCACCUUCCUGGCUGACCCCAGCGCUGGGGGCGGUCUGCCCCGGGGCACGUUUAUCUAUGCCACCUCACCACUGCCAGUUCAGGCCCCAUCCUUUUACUGGGAAAUUGAAAUUGUUUCCUAUGGAGAUACUGAUGACGACACUGGACCAAUAGUUUCCUUUGGCUUCGCUACAGAAGCAGAGAAACGAGAUGGGGCUUGGACUAAUCCAGUGGGCACUUGUCUUUUCCAUAAGUUAUGGAGCAGAACUCUGGUUUCUCUGCUAAGUAUUUACGGAAAUGCUUUGGGCACAAAGAGAGGUGACGUGGCAGGAAUUGGCUGGGAGAGAACCGAGGGGACUCCGCCUCCUCCGGGGCAGCCAGCCAAGGGCCGAGUGUACUUCACAUACUGCGGGCAGCGCCUCUCGCCGUAUCUCGAGGAUGUCUCUGGUGGGAUGUGGCCUGUGGUUCACAUUCAGAAAAAGAACACCAAGACUCGCGCUAACUUUGGCUCUCGUCCAUUCGCCUAUGCCGAAGGGCAGGCCCACCGCAACGCCGCCGACCUGUGCACUGACCUGGCAGAAGAGAUCAGUGCUAAUUUUGAGGCCCUGCCCUUUGCCAUGGCAUCGGACAGUGACAAUGAUGCCGGCACCAGUAUUGCAUCAGACCCAGGCACUCACGGGCCACCGUGUCGGAUUGCAGCUGUGGCCACUGCUCAGCAACAAUACGACAGUGAUACUUCCUGUCAUUACAAAGUAGAGCUCAGCUAUGAGAAUUUCAUCACUUCUGGCCCAGACCCCCACCCGCCUCCCAUUGCAGACGAUGAAAGUGAUGACGAUGACGACGACGACAUCCCACAGGAGGACCACUACGCCCUGCUGGUGAAAGCGUGGGAGACCAAGGUUUUCCCCACCAUCCGAAGGCGCUUCCGCAACGAAGCAGAGCGGAAGUCGGGCCUGGACCAGAUAAAGGGUGCUUUACAGCUAGGCAUGGUGGACAUCGCCCGGCAGACGGUUGAAUUCCUGUACGAGGAGAACGGUGGCAUCCCAAGAGACCUCUAUCUUCCCACCAUCGAGGACAUCAAAGACGAAGCAAACAAGUUCACGAUUGAUAAAGUUCGAAAAGGUCUCACGGUAGUAACCCGCUCUCCAGACAGCAAUAAUGUAGCCAGCAGUACAGUUGGAACUGCUCUGCCAAAAUUUGCCAUCCGAGGGAUGCUGAAAACCUUUGGGCUUCAUGGAGUCGUCUUAGAUGUCGAUUCAGUAAAUGAGUUGGUGCAGGUAGAAACGUACCUCCGAAGUGAAGGUGUGCUGGUCCGAUACUGGUAUCCUAUCGACAUGUUGGAAAGGCCCCCGGCUGGCUACCGAAGGACUGCCACCAAUGGGCUGGUCACACUGGACAAUACUAACCUCCAAAUUCACAGAGAGCUGCUGCGAUGUGAGGCCGCGCUGGCCAGGCUGUACUGCCGCAUGGCUCUGCUGAAUAUCUUCGCCCCCAAGCUGCCUCACUUGUUUACCCGCCUCUUCCACAUCCCUGCCAUCCGGGACAUCACCCUGGAGCACCUACAGCUGCUGUCCAAUCAGCUGCUCGCACCGCCCCUCCCAGACGGCACCAUCAGCUCCAGCUCCAUCCUGCUGGCGCAGUCCCUGCAGCACUGCGUCCGUUCCCAGACCUGCUCGGCCACAGACCUCUUCUACCAGGGCGGCUCCCGGACACUGAGAGAGUGGCUCGGUGUGGCCAUCACACGGACACUGCACCAGGGCGAGGAGAGCCUUCUGGAGCUGACGAAGCAGAUCUGCUCUUUCCUGCAGACAGCACCAGAGCAGUUCCCCUCCGAAGAGUUUCCCAUUUCCGAGUCCAAGGUCAACCUGGACGUUAACUUCCCUGGGGCGGCUUUCGUCGUUGUGUCUUGCAAAGAAAGUCAGUCUGGAUUUCGCAAAGACUCCUCCCUGUACAAGGCGCCAUGGGCACGAGUGCUCGUGUACGGGCUCGGCCACAAAGUGAAGCGGAAUGGCCAGCUAAACCUCAUCGAGGCCGUCUGCUACCCGCGGGACGCGUCUCCGGCCAACACCGGGCUCACGCCGCCUCCCACCACCAACCAGUACCCUUCCGUGAUCCUCUCCACAGACAAGGUCCACAUCAAACUGGGCGUGUCGCCACCUCCCGGAGCCGUGCUGGUGCUGCAUUCCCUGCCUCUGGAGUUCCCACUGGCCGUGGCCUUCGCCGAGCAGCUGCUGUCCUGGAAGUCAGAGGAUGGCGAAGGGAGAUCGGAGGACGAGCCCGACACCGUCCCGGCGUCUGUCCUCCUGCUAGUGGUGGAGCUGCUGGGAAACUUCCUGUGGACCACGGACACGGCGGCCUGUGUGAAGGAGCUCGUCUUCCAUCUCCUGGCAGAGCUGCUGCGCACAGCGCAGGCCCUGGAGCAGAGGAAGCGCCCCGCUGGCCUGUCCUCGUCCAUCGCCCUCCAGCUGAACCCCUGUCUGGCCAUGCUCAUGGCCCUGCAGUCAGAGCUGCAUAAGCUGUACGACGAGGAGACCCAGAGCUGGGUCUCAGGCAGCAGCUGCGGAGGCUCAGGGACAGCGGCGGCCACCGACCAGGGCAGGUUCUCUACCUACUUUCAUGCACUCAUGGAAGGCUGCCUGGCGGUGGCCGAAGUGACCCUGCCUACCAACAUGAGUGUCACAGCCAGCGGGGUGACCUCAACGACCGCCCCGAACCUCAGUGACUCCUCCUCCUCCUCCUCGUCGUCCCCAGGACAGACACCGCAGAGCCCUAGCCUCCUGUCCAAAAGGAAGAAAGUGAAGAUGAAGCGAGAAAAGGCCUCCUCCUCCGGGAAGCGCCAGUCCUCCCGCUCCGUGGACUCAGACCCCGCCGUGCUCAGCAUCGGGGGCAGCAAGCCUGAGGACAUGCUGUGGUUCCAUCGAGCCCUCACCUUGCUCAUCAUUCUCCGGCACCUCACCAGGAAGGACCCGCAGGGGCUGGGCGUGACGAGCGACGCCAUCGCCGACGCCUGCCAGGCCCUGGUAGGCCCCACCGCCCACAGCCGCUUGCUGGUGAUCUCUGGAAUCCCCACCCACCUGGACGAGGGCAUCGUCAGAGGCGCCAUCCGCAAGGCCUGCAAUGCCCACGGCGGGGUCUUCAAAGACGAGAUCUACAUUCCCCUGCAGGACGAAGACCCCAAGAAGCCAAAAGACAAGGCCGAGGGUAGUGAUGGGAAAGCCGAGCCGGAGAAGAGCCCCGGCUUUCCGAGCACGGACAGCUUGGAGGUCAGCACGUCCAGCAGCCUGACGCCUGCCAUGAGCAUCAGCGCCUCGGCCUCCACCAGUCAGGCCUCCAUUUGCAGCUCCCAGGGCAUCUCGCAGACAGUCAGCGACCUCUCUGUGGACCCGCUGCCCUCAGGCCUCGAGCUGCCCAUCCCUCCUGGCUUGCUAGAGCCCCACGUGGUGUCCAGCCAGGAGAGCCUGGACAUCUCUCUGUGUAGCACCGGUAGCCUGGGCAGCCUGGGGAGCCUGGGGGAGCCGCUGGACAACACAGAGAUGGCCUCGGUGUCCGACGUGGGCUCCCUGUACACGGUCACGUCCCUGGACAACCAGCCCCUUGCCUCGCGCCCCAUCAAAGGCUUCGCGGUCGUGGAGAUCAGAUCCCGAGCCAAAAUCGAGAAAAUUCGAGCAAGUUUAUUUAACAAUAACGACUUGAUCGGUUUGUCGAGUUUGGAUGGGGAAGACGAGUUGAUGGAAAUGUCCACGGAAGAGAUUCUCACUGUGUCCGUAGUAAAUCAGAGUCUGUUCGACACUCAGGGGAGCCCAGGGCUAGAAGAUUACUUCAAUGAUAAGUCAAUUAAAGGUGAGAAGCUGGUACCCGGAGCCAGAGAGGUGCUCACGGAGAUAUUUAAGAGCUGCGCCCAUUCAGAGCAGAUGCUGAGCCUGACACCAGCAAAGCCUAUCAAAGUGUCCGACAUCUAUCUGAGCAAAGAGCAGAUCAACUCCCAGACACCAGGCAACCUCCUCCACCUCUUCUUCACCAACGUCCGGCCUCCAAAGAAGGUGCUGGAGGACCAGCUCACCCAGAUCCUAAGGAAGUACGGCGUGCCAAAGCCCAAGUUUGACAAGAGCAAGUACAGCAGAGCCGGGAAGGAGCAGCACCCCGUGAAGGUGGUGAGCACCAAGCGGCCCAUCACCAAGCCGCCCACCAAGGACAAGGCUGUGCUCAACAGCGUCAGCAGGACUGCUUUAAGCGAGAAGAAGCCAACGGUGAAGCCCAAGUCCCCAGAAAAGAGCAAGCCAGACGAAAAGGACCCAGAAAAGUCACCCACCAAGAAACAAGAGAUCCCUGAGGAAAAGUAUCUGACCUUGGAAGGAUUUCACAAGUUCGUCGUUGACCGAGCCAAGCAAGACGUCCGUAGUGUCUGGAGGGCAAUUUUAUCCUGUGGUUACGACCUGCACUUUGAGAGGUGCGCCUGCAUCGACGUGAGACACGCACACAAGGCCUCGAGGAGGUGGACCCUGGAGAUGGACGUGGCGCUCGUGCAGUAUGUCAACCGGCUGUGCCGCCACCUCGCCAUCACGCCCGCACGGCUCCAUCCCCACGAGGUGUACCUGGACCCUGCGGACGCCACCGACCCCAGAGUGGCCUGUCUCUUGAGCGUGCCCGUCGAGAGCCUGCGCCUGCGCUUCGCCCUGCUCCAGUCCCUGAACUCCACGCUGGAGACCUUCUUCCUGCCCCUGGUGGAGCUGCGCCAGACGCCCAUGUUCACGCACAGCAUCGCCGCCCUGCUGAAGGAGGCCAAAGGGCUCAUCUUCUACGACACAAAGGUAACCGUAAUGAACCGGGUCCUGAACGCCACCGUGCAGAGGACAGCUGACCACGCGGCGCCUGAGAUCACUUUGGACCCACUGGAAAUCGUGGGGGGGGAGAUCAGAGCUUCUGAAAACUCCUACUUCUGCCAGGCUGCCCGGCAGCUGGCCUCAGUGCCAUCCUCUCAGCUUUGUGUCAAACUGGCUAGUGGCGGUGACCCCACCUAUGCCUUCAACAUCCGCUUCACUGGGGAGGAGGUCCACGGCACCAGUGGCUCUUUCCGCCACUUCCUGUGGCAGGUGUGUAAAGAGCUGCAGAGCUCCUCGCUGUCCCUCCUUCUAUUGUGCCCCAGCUCAGCUGUCAACAAGAAUAAGGGCAAGUACAUCCUGACCCCCAGCCCCGUCACCUAUGGGGAGGAGCAGCUGCUGCACUUCCUGGGGCAGUUGCUGGGAAUUGCCAUUCGAGCCGACGUCCCUCUUCCACUGGACCUCCUGCCCUCCUUCUGGAAGACGCUGGUGGGCGAGCCCCUGGACCCUGACCGAGACCUGCAGGAAGCAGACAUACUCACCUACAAUUAUGUCAAGAAAUUCGAGAGUAUCAACGACGAGACCGAGCUGGAAGCGCUGUGUGCCGAGAUCGCCUCUCAGCACCUGGCCACUGAGAGCCCCGACGGUCCCAACAAGCCCUGCUGCAGGUUCACCUACCUGACCAUGACGGGCGAGGAGGUGGAGCUGUGCAGCCGCGGCCGGCUCGUCCCUGUGGCGUGGGAGAACAAGGACAUCUACGCAGCAGCCAUCAGGAGCCUGCGGCUGCGGGAGCUGCAGAAUGACGAGUGUGUGACGGCGGUGCGGGCCGGCCUGGGCUCCAUCAUCCCCCUGCAGCUGCUCACCACGCUCAGCCCGCUGGAGAUGGAGCUGCGGACCUGCGGCCUCCCUUACAUCAACCUCGAGUUCCUCAAGGCCCACACCAUGUACCAGGUGGGGCUGAUGGAGACGGACCAGCACAUCGAGUUCUUCUGGGGGGCACUGGAGAUGUUUGCCCAGGAGGAGCUGUGCAAGUUCAUCAAGUUUGCCUGCAACCAGGAGCGCAUCCCGUUCACCUGCCCCUGCAAAGACGGGGGCCCCGACACAGCCCACGUGCCCCCGUACCCCAUGAAGAUCGCCCCACCGGAUGGCACAGCAGGUUCCCCAGACUCGCGCUACAUCCGCGUGGAGACCUGCAUGUUCAUGAUCAAGCUUCCCCAGUACUCCUCUCUGGAAAUCAUGCUGGAAAAACUUCGUUGUGCCAUUCACUACCGCGAAGACCCGCUAAGUGGCUGAGGGAGGGAGCCCCAGAGUGAGGCUGUCACCGAGGCACCGCUCUGCCGGCUUGGGAAGCCUGCGACUGCAGGCACGUCCCUCCAGGGCCCUGCGUGAGGGGUUGGCGAGAUUUGCUUUUCUGAACUUGUGUCCACAUUCCAGGGCCCCCUGGAGGACUUACUUAACCUUCUGUAUUUGUACGUUUCGUGGUGGGUUCUUUUGCUACCUGUUUAUGGUAUGUUUGUAGGAUAGUUUAGUUCCCGGUUUGUGUCUCAUUUGAUCUUCCUGGACAUUGUCCUUCGUGGCCACCGGAUUCUGAUGCCCUAAGGCCCGCAGGUUGCACAUCGCAGAACCACCCAGCAGGAAGCUGGGGUGGAAUGCCAUCGCCGCAAAGGGCGCCGCUCCUUGCUCCUUCUGCAGGGCAGCUCCACAGACAAGCCUGCGGGCAGCCGGCCCUCCCGCCUCGGCCGGAGCUGCUGGACGCGGCGCCUGCAGGCCUCCUUCCAUCUCGAAAUGGUUAAGCCAGCUACCCAAACGUGGAGGUUUAUACGUUAAUCUUCCAGCUAGAACCUUGUUUAUGGUCUGGGUUUUUCUAAGGAAAAGCCCGUGGUGUCCCCUGUCCCUUCCCACCCAGACGACCCCUCUCUGCUUUCCGUCUCUUCUGGGGCCCUGGUCUGACAGCUCCCCCCGAGAGCUCGUCGGGGCAGGAGACAAAAGGGGUCAUUCCCGACCUUGGUUCAGAGCCAGGCCAGGUGCGUCCCAGCUCUAGGUGAGCGGACACCCGGAGUCGGAGGGACAGUGCUCGAGUGGGGACCUUUUUCUGAGACGGAUUGACCAGGAAAGCACACGACUCAAGCCUGCCCCACUUCUGUGCUCAAACGGCCCUUUCUCCAAGGGCCACACACCCAUUUCAAAAAGAGCUGUCUGAGGUGCUCUGCUCAGCUCGGGGUCUACUUCGGUGACUGAGACCCUUCCAGUCCGGAUGGAAAUGCAAGUGGGGGCGUCCCUCUGCCCCUCUGGCUGGGCUCACCCAGCAACCCCCUCGCCGCCCAGUGUGCGCACCAGGGCUGGGCUGCUCCAGGCUCAGCCACUGCCCCCUGCGUUUGUGCCCCAAAGAAGUCUCUGUCCAGGUACUUUGUUCAAGAGCAGCAUAUGUCAUCUUGUUGGACACUUGUCAUUUUGGGCCUUGCCAGUUCACAGAAUCACAUCACUGUAUUUAUUGUAUAAUAUUGUGAAUACUAAAGUUCUGAGUGAGCGCUGCUAGGCGGCUCUGGAGCGUAAAUGCUGGUGAGAAAGGGAGGUGCGGCCCCCCCCCCCCUGCGGGCCUGGCCUGAUGGAGGGUGUGGAUUUUAGAGUUAGAGCCGAUAGCACCCGUCACCCCGUUAUUCCUAGGAAUUGCAUUAAGGACCAUUGUAGAAAAGAUUCCCUAACCUACAGAAACAGAAAGCCGGAUUAACCGUCCGGUGGCGUCACUUCCAUGUGAUGCAGGAUCACUGUCUAGAGGUGACUGCCUGCAGUUCCCUUACCUGGAAGGAAUGUGGUUGGCCGCCGCCUCCCGGGGCCCCAGCCCCCUUAACUGGGGGUCGCAGCAGGAUGUAGUCCUGACAAGGAUCCUCUUAUUUCAUUUCUGCAUAAUGAAAGAGCCUUUGGAUUUAUUAGAAGUGGUUCUUCCUCCUGUAUUUUUAAAGUCUUGGUCCCCUCCAAUCCUUCCCAUUCCUUGAAUGGACCCAGAACUGUCAGCUACCUCCCCAGGACGGGUGCGGGAAGCUUCUGUUGGCCCAUCACUUGAUUAGAUGACAGCUGUGAGUAAGAUACUGCUGCUAACGUGAUUGCUUCUCCCAGAGAGCACAUUGAGGUCCAGACAAAUCCAAACCUUGGCCCUAAAAAACGUGUGCUGUAAAGUUACUUGAUGUAUAUUUAUUAUAAUUAUUUAUGGUUGCAUUUAACAAACUUUUCAUUCAAUUUGAUGCUAUUUACACCAUGGCUGUGUAAAGGAAGCUCACUACAGGAAAAGAAUUGCACCAAUAAAUAACCUUCAUCUAAUUUUGAUUUAUCCUAA